AGCCCGUGGUAGUUACAAAUCAAAACCACCAUCAAACGACAGGCAUCGUACUGGUUUGUUCCUCAAGUUUUCUUGAAAUGUCAACUGACUUGAAUGCAUUGUAAAUGCACUUUCUUCCUAAAACUCUUACCGAAUGAUGAACCCAGUAACAAGAAUCGAAUGUAUGUUUUUAUUUAAUAGUUGUAAAGUAAUUUUACGGUACAUGCAUAUGCAUUAUUUAAUUAAUUGAAGCUGGAAUGUGGUUCAAUUCCUAAGUAUAUACAUGUAGCAUAUAUAUUAAUUAAAUAGUAUUUUUGUCUAAAUCAGUCCUGCAGAAGCAACGGAAGCAAGACGGCACAUCAUUAAAUAAUGCACCAAAACCGUCGGUGGUAUUUACCAGUGAACAUCGUUUUGGAAAAGCAAGCACUCUGAAGACAAAACAAAUAAAGAAAGACAUAAUUGCUGCCAUUGAAAUUGGAUACACCCAUUCAGGAUAUGUCUUUUGUUUGGGUAAAAAGUAUGCUCUGGAGGGAGAAGGUCUUUAUUGUCCAAACUGGGAAGCAAAAACCAAUGGGGUAGUUACCUUUAAAACUUCAACGGCGAUUUUGUUCCGACCUGAUAAAUCUAUCCAUAGUAUAGGUUACGAAGCAGAGGAACAUGUCAGCAGAAUUAAAGGUGAAUCAGAUUCUGGAAAAUGGUUCUUUUUUAAAAACUUCAUGAUGGAGUUUAACAAUCUUAAGGGUGCAGCUGUUGAAGAUUUCAAGAUAAAAGAUUUCUGCAAAAAUAAUGUUACAAUGAAAGCGGUCGAUGUAAUAUCUAGCUUUAUUAGUCAAAUGAAAGACAAACUGAUAAAUGAAUUAUCAAGACAGCAAUUGAGGUAUAAAGACAAUGAUAUACAGUGGAUGUUAACAACACAGGGGAAUUUGGAACCCUCACAACUCCAACUUAUGAACACCGCCGUUAUAAAGGCUGGUAUCAAACAUGAUCAGUUAACUCUUGUACAGGGACCCAAAGCCGAACUUAUGUAUCAUCGAACAUUUACAAGUUCACCAUCUACAUUUGGUGAAGAACAGAUUGCACCACUUCCAAAAAACUACAGAUCGAUAUUAAUACAUUUAGGAGGUGUAGCAAUUAAUUUGACUGUGGUAGAAGUAAAUGAGAACAAAACAAAAUUCCUUGAGACAAUUUUCAAUACAAGGGAAAGUGCAAAACAAGAGUUCCUAAGAUUCCUAACGCGAUUAUUUGGAGGGGACGUUUUGACGUAUUUAAGAGAGUAUCAUCCAUUGGACUAUUCUGAACUUCUACAUAAUUUUGAAAAGAAACUGAAAUAUUUCAAGUCAGAUAAAAUAGUAACUGUUCGUGUUCCUCCUAAAUGGUAUGAUGCAUAUGAAGAAUUUACAGGUGACACACUGACUAAUUCAAUAAACCAAACAACAUUCAGAGAAGCAGUGUCAUUUCAGAAUGAUAAAAUAAGGAUAAACCCAGAGUUGUUCCGCAAGUUUUACGAAGAUGCUACGGAAUGUACUGUUGAAGUGGUAGAAAAAACCUUAGCAAAGCAUUCAGCAUUAGGAAAAAAUACAUUAGAACAGCGGCCAGGAAUCGGCAUUUUAUUUAUAGCAGGUGACCAUGUAGACCAAGUGUUUGUAAGUUCAUUGAGGGCACGAUAUCCGGCUCAUAGAAUUAUUGUUUCCAAGAAUCCAGAACUUGUUGUUCUGAAAGGAGCUGUUCUGUGUGAGAUAGUAGAAUAAACGUUAACUGUAUGGAAUUAAUUAAAAAAAAUAGAUGAGCAUUGUGUUUAUUCAGUUCUUUUUCCCCUUAAAAGACGGAUAAUGACCUUUAGAGAUUGUACUUUUCGUAUCAAUUAUUUAUCAAUUUUUAAAGACCUAUUCGAAAAUUCACAUCAUAUUCUCUUUCUUUUGAAAGAUAAUCUAUUUCUAUAUCAUUGAGUAAUCUAGUAAACAUUCUAGCGUCCUCCUUUUAUAUAUUGAAUCUAUGGAAAAUGGAUAUAUUUAUAAUAUCAAAGGGGGCAACCAAAAGUAUUAUCAAUCAAAAAUGGAAAAUUACAAUCAAACUGGACACAUACUCAUAACAAACGAAGAGUAACGGCAACAUUCUCAAUUGGUACCUGGGGAAGUGUUUGAGUCAAUUUAUAAACUAUGGCAUUAAACUACUGUAACAAAUACUUCUGUUACCUGAAAUCAUGGAAACUAAUUAUAUAAAUCAAAUUUAACAUGAACAUGUUAACAAUAUUGGUAAAAUCUAAGUCUUCAGUUUAUAGAGUGAAGAAUAUAUCUAACAGGACGAAGUCCUCAUUUCAAUAGAAAACAUAAAUUAUUUUAUAGAUAUAUUUAAGGAUACGUCUUGAGUAUUUAUGUAUUUAUAUAUUAAACAGGAAAUUUUCAUCA